UAAUAAACAGAAUCCAGGCUCUCUCUUCUCUUUCACAUGCAAAUGUACUGUCUGCACAAGCCGAGUUCCUGGUCACGUGACACCAUGAACAUUCUUUUGUGUUCCCACCCCUCUGCCUCGGGCACACAAGAGUCGUAUUUCCCUCUUUCUGAGCCUUCUGCUCAUGCUUCUAAUUAUAAAAGUCCUUCCCUCACGCCUAUUUUGUUUUCCUGCUUGACCCCCCUAUAGUCCGCCCACCCACCAGCCCAUAGAGGGGAGGGAGCAGGAGAGAUCAGAAGAGCUGUGUGUGAUCAGGAGAGCUGGGAAGGGCACACCAUUUUGAGCGUCGUAAAGGGCCAAUUUUACAGAUAUUCGCUAACAAGCAUAAUCAUGCCAAAGUGCAUACUAAAUGGAUGUCCUUACAGGACUGGACAAAAAUUGAAAUUUCCGGAUAUUGUACUCCAUCCAUUUCCCAAAAGUAUGGAAAUGAUUCGAAAUUGGCUAUUACAAACAGGGCAACACGCAGAGGAUGUUGAAUCACUUAGCCAAAGAAUAUAUCAAGGCUUGAAAACCUCAAAUUUUCGCAUGUGUUCAAAACAUUUCACACAAGAUUGUUACAUGCAAGUAGGAUCACGGAAAUGCUUAAAACCUAAUGCUGUGCCUACAGUUUUUGAAAGUUACAAUGUUCCAGUGACCACAUUUCUUACAGUUACUCCCUCUGCAACACUAAUUCCUUCAUCAAAAAGAAAAAGAGUAGAAGAUGAACAGGCAUCUACAUCAUCUGCUAUUGUUAGAAUUGUUUCACGCCUUGCUACUGUCGGAAGUCAGACAGCACACGUUAAUAUGGUCAAUGUUUCAUGCAUGACAUGUAGAAACAGUAGAAAUUGUUCAACCCAAACUAAAAAAAUUCUCAGUAAGGAAACAAGCACUCAAACAGAUGAUGAAUACGUCGCAGAAGAAGUGGCACAAGUUAGAAAAGACCAUUUGUAUCCCGUAUCGUUUUGCACUCCCUCAAGAAGUAAAACAUUUAGAAAUCUCAACAAAUCUUUUACUCAAUCAUCUCCAGCAGUUAUAGAACCGAAGUAUCCAAGUUUUGAUGUCCAAGAACUGUCAUCUUCUGGGGAAAACACUAGUGACAGUGACACCUAUCAAAAUCACGAGGAAAACAUAUCUGCAUCAACAUUUAAAAAAUCACCCAAAAAAUUUAUUAUUUACGAAGAGAAACUUGAUGCUUUAUUAAAUAUCGUGCGUUGUCAACACAACAUUGAGCCGCCAUGUCAAGCUCCCAUAGAUGACAUAAGAAAAAUUGUGGAUGGGAGCAUGGUGUCUGUUAAACUGUGUUGCUUAGCUGGUCAUGAAUCUCUUGUAUGGAACUCGCAACCAACCUUUGGAAACACUUCCAUUGGAAAUCUUGAAAUAGCGGGUUCAGUCAUUCUCUGUGGAGCAACAUAUCAAAAAAUGUGUGAUAUAUUCAAGCUACUAAACAUUCCCUUUAUUUCACACAGUAUCUUUUAUAAAUAUCAAAAGAAUUACGUGUUUCCUGCCAUUGAUUACCAAUGGAAAAAAGAAAAGGAAGACUUGAGGAAAACGUUGUUUUUGAAACCUAUGGUAUUGGCUGGUGAUGGGCAAUUUGAUAGCCCGGGUCAUUCAGCUAAAAUCUGUACAUACACCAUGAUGGACAUCAUUUCCAAAAAGAUUGUUCACUUUGACAUCCAACAACUUGGCUUUGGAAACACUUCAUCGGGAAUGGAGGCUGAAGCUUUAGAAAAAAGCCUCACUACUCUAAUUGAAAAAGAAAAAGUUGAAGUAGUAAUAGUAGCUACUGAUGGACAACCAAAAAUUAAGUCUUUGAUGAAAACCAAAUUCAACAAGAUUGACCAUCAAUUCGAUGUGUGGCAUUUGUGCAAACGACUGCAGGAAAAACUUUUGGAGGCAAGUAAAAAGAGAAAAUGCAAAGACAUAUUGAAUUGGAUUAGUGCCAUUACUAAUCACCUCUGGUGGAGUUCACAAACCUGCAAUCAAAAUGUGAAAAUUUUGCUAGACAAAUGGAAAUCUGUCCUGUUCCAUAUUGCCAACAGACAUAGUUUCGGUUCACUAAAAUAUUACAAAAAUUGUCAGCACCGAAGGUUAUCACCACAGGGAAAAAAGGAUGCUCGUUGGAUUGUUGCAAAUCACCCAGCACAUUCAGUUCUGGCAGAAAUAAUACACGAUAAGAGAUUUUUAGUGGAUCUUCAACAUGCUGAGAAAUUUUGUCAGACAGUAGAUUUGGAGAAUUUCCGCAGCAAAGUGUUGCGCUUUAAACCAAAAAGAUUGUCAUUCAGAAUGGACUCUAUGAUAGCUCAGACAAUCCUUGCUGUGUUAUCACACAAUCGAACUGUACAAAGAAAACAGGCCUUAGUGUUUGGAGAAAAACAUCGAAAAAUUGUCUUUCCGAAUCGGAAGAAACAGUGGGUGGCUGAAGUUGUCGAUGAUCAUCUAUUUGAAAUUCUACAUGACAGUGUUAAAAUGUUAACUGGACAGUUACAUCAUGAUUAUACUGGACAGUUACAUCAUGAUUGGUCUUCUACUUCAAAUGAGAUGCCCAAUAACAGCUACUGUGAAAGAGCCUAGUAGUAUUGCGACAUUUGUCACGCUUUUUAAAAAAAUAAUUGGCAGUGAACGUUUACAAUUCUUUCUGAACUAAAAAAAAAUACAAGUAUGGGACCAGUUAUCUAAAAUGCUUGGGACCUGGGGCAUUCUGGAUAAUGGAUCUUUCUGUAAUUUGGAUCUUCAUUCCUUAAGUCUACUAAAAAAUCUUGUA